GUCGCCUUUUGUUUCUCAUCAUCUUUUUUUCUUCUCCUUUUCCUUCUCAUUCCAUCUCCUCCUCAUCUCAACUUUACAAGACUCCGCACUAUGGCUUCUACUUACUUCCAGGGCACUCGCAACUAUACUGAUGUCACUAUCACUGACGAGGGCAUCAACACUCAGGAAUUCCUUGAGGCUACUGAAGGUCUCGUCAAGAUCUUUGACCUCUUCGGCACAGUCUUUGGCGUUGUCCAGAGCGAUAUGAAUGGCAACAUCAAGAAAAUCCGUGACCGUUACCUCCAGAACCCAGUUGUCAACUCCACUCUUCAGAAUCUGGUUAAAGGUGAGAUCGCUGAGAAGAAGAAGACCGCCACUGAGGGUCUCUUGUGGCUCACUCGUGGUCUUGAUUUCACUCUCCAGUCCUUGGAGCGUAGCGAGGCUAACCCUGGUGAGGAACUCUCUGUUUCCUUCACUAAGGGUUAUGAGGCUACUCUCCGCCAGUAUCAUGGAAUGCUCGUUCGUCCCGUGUUCACUAUGGCCAUGAAGGCUUGUCCAUAUCGCGCAGACUUCUACGACAAAUUGGGCUCUGACCAAGCAGCAGUUAAGCAGGAUCUUACCACUUAUCUGGGAGGUCUUCGUAGAAUCGUCACCGAUAUUCAGGCCUUCUACACCGCCAACAACUUGAAGUAA